GAUUGCAGCGCCACCAAUUCAACAAGCGGUGGGUACUGGUACUAGGCAGCAAAAGCGUGCGACUGACGUGCAUUUGUUUAUCAGUGAAUAUUUUUUAUUGAUUUUCCUUCGCGGCCAAUUUCUGGAGAAUUGUGUUAAUUUAUCAAUCAGCAGGGUACUUGCAGGAAAAAAUUCUCUUUCGACUGUUAUGAGAAAAUUCGACAAUGUCGGCAUCUGUUCUGCUUUCCUGUGGCUUGAGUGAGAAAUAUCUCGUGCCGUCUGUCUUCAUUGGGGAAUCAUCGGGAGUUGAUGGAAGUUUUCUCAUUAGUUGCCUCCUUGGGCAUCAGUUCAAACACAGAAAUACUGCAGUGCUUCUUGUUUGUCUUCAUCACAAUUUUGACCACUAUGUUGAGGCUGGACUGAAGCUGGGAUACAAUUUGUCUGGCGUGAAUGAGAAGAAAUCCCUGGUGGUUCAUGAUUUUCUCAAGAGUGUGCCAGAACUUAUGCAGAAUGGCGUGAAUUUGGUGGAAAAGUGCCUUCAGGACAUUUCGAGUGAUCUGGAGCUACUGGGCCAGGGCAGGGAGCAUACAACAAUUAUCCUGGAUGAUGUAUCGGUAUUUCUCAAUUUGGGCGUCAGUGAAAAUGUUGUGCUGAACUUCUGCCGGGAAUUGCAGAAUUUUGCCAAUUGGCAUCCAAGAGUGACUUUGGUCACAAAAAUCAAUUGUGCUGAAUUGAAUGGGAUCCUCUGCAGCUAUCUGUAUGAUUUUGCCAAUACUAAGAUCAGUGUAAAGCCCCUGGAAUCGGGAAAAUUCCAGGAUGUCGAUGGGAAAUUGAUUAUAAAUCACAAAAAUGAGGAAUUUCAGGCAGGAGAAAAGGAUAAAAUUGUGCUCUAUCGAGUCAAUGAGCGCAAUAUUAAAAUAUUCCUUCCAGGAGAAUUUUCCGUCAGUGGCUAAAAAAAUUUCCAAAUAUUUUUCAAUUAAUUCAAAAAAAAUGCCAUGCAGAGAAUUGACUGAUUUUUUUCGUAGAUUUUUUUUACGAAUUUAAUAAAUUUUUGGAUUUAAAUGCAAUUUUUCCCAGUGUAAAUCAAAAUCAAAGAGAUAUUUAUGAAUUUCUUAAACAUUUCUCGCAAUAACCAAAAUUUAGAAAUUGCGGAAGUGAGCAAUAAAAAUGUCUCAAAACAUUAUUUUUAUAUUAGCAAUAAUACUAUUUUUAUGAUUUUCCCGGAAAAUCACUUAAGACACUUUCCCAUGUUAAACUCAUAAAAGGCUAUCAAUAUCGUGUAAUAAUUUUAUGACAUUUCUUACUCUACUUUUUCUCAGUGAUGAAAUAUUGUGAAAAAAAUGCCUCUUAGGAAAUAUUAUCCUCUAUGAAAAAUGCUUCAAUAUUCUGUCACACAAAAGAAUUAUUUUAUCUUUGGAAAAAAUUGCUGCAAUUAAGAGGCUGAUCACUGAAGAAAUUGGUCCUUAAAUCACGCCAUUGAAAUAAAAUUACCAAAAGAAUAAGAUAUGAAUUUUUGUAGAGCAAUUUAUUUGCAGGAAAAUAAUAAAAAAUCAUAAUUUUA